AUGGACUUCAGUCCCCAGGUGCCACGCGGUGCGGUCUACCCGCCCGGCGGCGCUCCAUCUGGCGGUGCAUUCGGCCACAGUGGUCGUCACGGGCGUCGCGGAGACGGCGCAGUGCGGAGCGCACAGCUGGACGAAUUCCGGGCGAACAAGUCGCGCAAGUGGGAGCUGAGAGACAUUUUCGGCUAUAUUGUCGAGUUCAGCGGUGACCAGCACGGUUCCCGUUUCAUCCAGCAGAAGCUUGAGACAGCCAAUGGCGAGGAGAUGGAGAUCGUCUUCGACGAGAUCGUGCCUCAGUACGCGAUCCAGCUUAUGCAGGACGUCUUCGGCAACUACGUUGUGCAAAAGCUGUUCGAGUUUGGGACUCCGGCUCAGAAGGCACGUCUCGUUGCCACGAUGGAGGGACAAGCCCUCGGGCUGUCAUUGCAGAUGUAUGGCUGUCGUGUUGCGAUCGAGUACACUACCCCUGAGCAACAGGCUGUCUUUGUACAGGAGCUUAGCCCGAGUGUGCUUCGGUGCGUCAAGGACGCCAAUGGCAAUCAUGUUAUCCAAAAGAUCAUUGAGCACGUGGUUCCGGAGCGUCUUGGAUUCGUGACCGCAUUCCGCGGCAGCGUCUACGAGCUCUCCACGCAUCCCUACGGGUGCCGUGUCCUCCAGCGGUGCUUCGAGUACUUACCGGACGACCAGACGCGCCCACUCUUGGACGAGCUGCACAAGUAUGUCUCGAACCUGAUGAUCGAUCAGUUUGGGAACUACGUCGUUCAGUUUGUGCUUGAGCACGGCAAGCCUCAGGACCGCGCGAUGAUAAUUGCGAAACUCAAUGGACAGAUGAACAACAUGGCUAAGCACAAGUUCGCCUCGAACGUGUGUGAGAAGGCCUUGGUCACUGCCGAUGCGGACAGUCGUCGUCAGCUCAUCGACGAGAUCAUGACUCCCAAGCAGGACGGUCUCAGUCCUCUCAUGGGUCUCAUGAAGGACUCGUUCGGAAACUAUGUUCUCCAGCGCGCCCUGACUGUCGCCGAGGGCGAGCAGAAGGAACAGUUAAUCAGCAAGGUCCGGCCACACCUGGUCAACAUGAGGAGAUACUCCAGCGCCUACAGCAAGCAUCUUUCUGCCAGUACGUGUUUCAGCAGCCCGCGUUCCGCGCUUGAGCGACUCCUCGAGAAGUGCUCUGGGACGCCUGCGCCUGCGACAGAGAGUGCACACGCUGAGGGCACUGCGGAACCUUCUUCUGCUUAG